AAAUGUGACUGAAUUUGUUCCUGCCUGUCAUUGCGUUCCGGCCAGCGGAGUGGACACACCACCACGCUGCUAUGUCUAGAAGGAAGCAGGCGAAGCCACGAUCCCUCAAACGAGACGAGGAGUGGGAGGAGGACGGGAACGAGCAGAAUGUCCUGGAGGUAACCGAGCAGGAUAAUAAUGGAACAACGGGAAUUAAGCAGGACGACGAGGAGGAGGAAGAGGAGGAGGAGCUGCAGCGAGCGUUCAGCCGUCACUCCGAGGAAUACCUUCAAGAUGGCAGGCCAUCGUCUGUUCAAGGGCCGGACCUCGAGAACCAGAACAGCCUCGACAGCGAGGCACUUGGUACCGGAAGCUCGUCCUGGCACAGCGAGGAUGGCGGAGCGAACUCGCGACGCGGAGGAGAGACACCGUCGUCUUGCGCGACGCCGACGUCGGCCAGUUUCCCGUCGGAACCGGAGGUCGACGCCGACGUCGGUGUGAACGUCGACGGGAACAACGGAACCGCGCCUUAUCCAUGCCAAUUCUGCGAUCGCACCUUUCCACGAUUGAGUUAUCUGAAGAAACACGAACAGAGUCACGGCGAUCAGAUGCCCUACCGGUGCAGCUGGUGCGCGAGACUAUUCAAGCACAAGCGCAGCAGAGAUCGACACGUGAAGCUCCACACGGGAGAUCGAAGAUACCGGUGCACGCACUGCGAGGCUGCUUUCUCAAGGAGCGAUCACCUGAAGAUCCACAUGAAGACUCACGACACCCAGAAACCGUACCAGUGCACGGCCUGCUCGAGGGGAUACAACACAGCGGCUGCGUUAACGUCGCACAUGCAGUCCCACAAGAAACACCAUCAGUCCCACGGACCGACGAAGCACCAGGACAUGGACCACGGCAGACGAAGCGUGUCCUCUCAUAGCACGUCGUCACCGCCAGUCCCGAGUUCCCCGUCGCCGUCCUUGAAUCUAGUACUGAAUCCAAAAGCCGGACUGAAAAGUUGUCACGGCAGCGCGUCCAGUACGCCGAUUCUUCUGACCUCGCCUUUGAAACUGGCUUGCAUGUACUGCACAAGAGACUCGUUCAGUUGUAUGCAACAACUGCAGAUGCACGUGCACACGAUGCACCAGGCGAUUCUGAGCGGCGAAACGAUGGCGAUACCUCCGUCGCCCAGCAGGAGCGGCGAUCAGCUCGUCUAUCAGCGGGACAAAGCUUCGUUGGAUCGAUCCGAAGGAUCGUCGAAGGAUCACGAGAGGAAGUACCAAGAGGAAUCGGAACGAUCGACGGAGAAGGAUCGCUACGAGCCUGCGUUCACCUGUAACCAAUGCACCAUGAAGUUCUCCGGAUUGGGCUCGCUACGGGACCACCUGGUCUCGAUCCAUCGAACCGACGGUUUCGAGUCUGCGCUGAUGAUGUGCCCGCUCUGCGGAAUUCCGUGCGCUUCCGCGGCCGCGUACGCGGAGCACUAUGUCCUACAACAUUGCGAGAAUCGUCGAAUAGGUCCCGUGGACGGUACCGAGUACGGAGACCCGAAGAUCAACGGGAGUUACGGCGGGGACCGAAAGAUCUCGAGGAGCCAGAAGACCCGAGAAUCGAUCUCCGAGCCGGCCGAUCUCACCAGCAAACAUUCCAGACCCACCGAAAGCAGCUACACCGCGGGAACUCUGCUCUGCGGCCAGUGCGGCGCCGCUCUGAAGGAUUUCGAAUCGUUCAGGGAGCAUCUAGCCAGGCAUCUCCAAGCGAAUCACAGGCAAGACGUUGUCAGGCAUCCGUGUCCGAAGUGCGACGCCACGUUCCAGGAUCGAGAAGACAUGCUGGUGCAUCUGACCAAGCAUUAUCUCGGUCAGAUCAGCAAAGAGUACGCCUGCGGGGCCUGCAAGAAGCUCUACCCUCAUCCAGAUCUCCUCCAGAGGCAUCUACUCGACAGCCACGCCCAUCAUUUGUACAGGUGCGCGUUAUGCAGGGACACGUUCGACUCGAGGGUCGCGAUACAGGUUCAUUUCGCCGUGAAACACAGCCAGGAGUGCAGGAUCUAUCGGUGCAACGCGUGUACCGUUCCCAACAACGAGAACUCGCCGGGAAACGCGCCGGCCGGCGAGGGCAGAAGUUUCUUCAGAAGCGAAUCCGAAAUGGCGAACCAUGUCAGAAACGUCCACGCGCCUCCCACAGUGUCGAACAGCAGCCCCGUGGCCAGAAGUCCAGCGUCCACGCCCGGUGUUACUGGAAACACACCGCCGAGAUGCGUUUUCUGCGGGAUCUGCUGUAAUUCCGAACUGGAACUGCAACUUCAUCUGGCUAGCCAUUCGACAAGCUUGUACAGGUGUCCGAUUUGCAGGGAGGGCUUCGCUGUUGAAUUCUUGCUCGACAGACACAUGGCCCAGGCGCAUCAUUCCAACGAUCAUCGGAGUGUUAGAAGCGCUUCCAGGGAAAACGGACGGAUCGGGAGACCCCCUAGGACUCUAGAGGAGCCAAAGUCUCAGAAAAGAGGUCGUUCUCCAGCCUCCAGCAACAACAACUCCCUAAAUCAACGGGACAACAACAAUAAACGACCGAACUACACCAGUACAGGAGGGCAACAGCAAUGCGAGCUGUGCGAGACAGGCGAAUUCGCGAACGAAGCGGAACUCCAGGCCCACAAGAAGCUCGCUCAUACUCCAGCGAAGCUUCAGAACAAAUCCUUGUCGAACCUGAGCAUGAGCUGCGCGUAUUGCGGCGAGGUGUGUCGCUCGAGAACCGAAUUGGAGUCCCACACGAGGAUUCAGCACGCGUCGAACGAGCCUGGUGGACGUCACAAGUGCAACAUCUGCGACGAGGUGUGUCCAUCCGGUGCAACACUGGCCGAGCACAAGCUGCAGAAGCAUUGCAAGAUCCAGUUGAGCGACACGUGUGUCGUCUGUCGCGGAAACUUGUCGUCCGAGGGCCAGUUCCUCGAGCACGUCCAAAGACACAGUCUCGAGACGGUGGAUCCCCAACAAAGACUGGACGGUUCUCUGCCUCAUCUGCCCGCGGCCUGUGUCGUCUGCAGGCAGACGUUGAUCAGCGACUUGGAGUGUCGUCUCCACGCCAGGCAUCAUCUAAGAGCUUCCACGGGCGCCCAGAACGCAGGUUCUAGUCCCAGUCCUAAUCAAAAGAGUCAGAGUCCCGGUUGCUGUCUCUGUCUCAGAGAUUAUUCGGCCGAUGACUUUGUCAGUCUACCACCGAGCCACGUCAGUAGCGGAGGACAAUCCCUCAGGGUUUGCAAGUCUUGUUACGUUCGUCAUUCGCAAGGUCUGCCUAUCCUGAACUCGCCGUACGAGCAUGCGAGAGGGAAAAGCGACAGGGGAUGGGUCUCUGGUGGUAAAGAGUCCCAGUGGACCGGGCCCAGAUGGGACUCCGAGAGAGUGUUCAAAGCAGAGGAUAGGACAGACGAAGCGAGCGAUAACAAGAGGUGUCAGGAUUGUGGGGUGAAGUUCGAGGACCCUGAAGAGAUGGAGAAACACAGGCUCGCGGAACACGAGAAGGUCGGAGCUGGAUCGAAUACGUACACCUGUAUACAGUGUCAGAUGUCCUUCCCGUCGGAAGCAAAGAUACAGCAGCACGUGAGAAAGGAACACCUAGAGGCCACGGGGAAGUCCUCUGUCGAUGCAUUGCGAUGCCACCUGUGUCUUUACGAAGCCAGCAGUCCCCUGCAAUUGCAGAGCCAUUUGAUAGAGCACACGUUCGCCGGGUGUGCUGCUCUCAGCUGUUACAUAUGCCAGUCCCUUUUCACCGCGCCUAUUGGUCUUCAGAAUCACAUGCUGCAAGAACACGGCCUAGGCGCCCGUCCCUAUGACUGCUCCAAGUGCACUCUCAAGUUCUUCUUCAGAGCCGAGCUGGACCACCACGUGCUGACGUUCCACCGACCUGGUGAGAUCUCGCCGCCUCACGAGGGUGUUCCGAAUGUAACAGAAACGAAAGCAACGGAUUCUGAAAAGCAAAACUGCGAAGGCGUUGGGGUCACGGUGAAAGAGGAAAUGUUACCAGACGUAUGCGAAGAGGAGGAGGAAAUCAAUGUCGACGAACAGAUGGAACACGACGAGACAGACAAGGAUGUUGAAGCGAAACAACAAUUGAAAACCGAAAUCGACGUGGACGAAACUGUCCUUCCCGAGAAGACGGAAUCGUGACUCCCUUGAAGAGAGGGUAUCCGGAAUUAUUACUUCGGGAAGCUUGAU